AUGGUAGGAAACAACACUGGUGACUUCAGGCCAUGUAAGAAUCAGGAUAAAAUAACCUUCAAAUUUGAGACCAAAGUCAUUCCAGUAAGCGUUGAAAAGGUCCCCCUAAACCUCUUCAAAUUUGCUGAUUUUGAAGAGAUAUUAAGCCCUUCAUUUGAUCAACAAAUUUUGGUUGAAUUGAAUGCUUUCCUGCAAGCUGGAAAUAUUUCCAAUGUUGUUGUGGUGCUCUUACUUGCCAAACUCAGAACAUUUCAAGGAGAAAUUCAAUUGCAAAAUGCAUUCAAUUGCAGCAAACUACUGUUCAACCCGGAUCAUCCCGAUGUUGUUUGUCUGCGAAAAAGUCUUGCCAAGAACAAUGAAACGUCGAACCAGACAUUAAGCCAAAUAACAGAUCUAAGUUGUCCGUCAGCGGAAGAUGAGUUCUUAAAGCUGUAUCCAAGGACAACUAUCAGUGGUUUGGUCGACUGUAAAACAUAUUACCAGCGUACUAUAUUCAUUGUCUUUGGAAGUAUUGAAGAGAUUGUCAUACCUGAUGAUUGGAGCUACAAAGCUUGCAAGUGCAACAAAUCUGUUAAGCACAACGAAGGCAGGUUUUGGUACUGUGAAAAUUGCAAUAAACAUGUUGCAAAUCCUACCCUCAGAAUUCAUGAUUCUAAUUUUGAAGGAGGUGAUAAAUUGAGUGUUCCCCAAGAGAUUUGUGACAUAAUGCAUAAGCAAUUCCUCUUCAAGGUCGAGGCUAAGGAGGAUUUUGGAGGCAGGUUUGAGUCUACAUACACGGUUAAAAAAAUUUGCAAAGAUGCAGACAUUAUUAUGAAGUUCAUUCACAAUGAGGCCAGCGGUUCUGAUAUUUCUGUUACAGAUUUGAAAUCCCUGACGGAGGGUCAAACAAUCCAUGCAGAGUGUAGGCAUAACCUUCAUGAACGUUUUGCCAAUAUAAUCACGGAAGGGGAAUAUAAACUGACUGCUGAGUUAAACUGCACUAAAGUAAUGUUCAAUCCUAACAUUCCACAAGCAGUGUCCUACAGAGAAAGGUACAAAUUGUUGCUUAAUGUUGCUGAUGAUACUGGAUCUGCAACGUUUACCGUUUUUGAUCGCGAAGGUUGUUAUCUGAUGAACAAAAAAGGCAACGAGAUAUUGGAAAAAAUGGAAAAGACCGGGAGCAUGGAACACCCCCGACAAUAA